UGGCAGAUGCAUAUUGGCUUGAGAAAAGGUGACCUCUUCUCUUCUCUUCUCUUUCGUAUUCGAUCUGUUUCCUCUCUUCUUUGAUUCUCUCCGCGCUCGCAUCUUCCUCAUAGAGCAAUCAGAUAACCCCAAACCCCACUCAACGAAUCUCCAUCUCUCUCCGCGCUCGCAUCUCCUUUUCCUCUGCACAUAUAAAUCCAAAAUGAGUAUUAUAAUAAACAUCGAUUCCUCAAGUAUUGUCAGAGAAGAAGAGGAACUGGUAACAGUAAUCGAUCGGGUAUGGCGAGUACGAGCGGAUGAAGAGGCGGCGAGGAUGGGAGGCCGCCGCAGAUGAUGAUGAUUGAUGAUCGGAGGAUAACGCGAGCUGGGACGAUGAUGAUGAUUGAUCGUAACGAAGACGAGAAUAUCAUCGAUAGCGAGCUUGUGCCUUCUUCUCUCGCAGCGAUUGCUCCCAUUCUUCGUGUAGCUAAUGACAUUGAAGCAGAUAAUCCAAGAGUUGCUUACCUCUGUCGCUUCCAUGCCUUUGAGAGAGCUCAUACAAUGGAUCCAACAUCAAGUGGACGAGGAGUCCGUCCAUUUAAAACCUAUCUAUUGCACAAAUUACAAGAGGAGGAACCGACGAGUGAUCCCAAUGAAAUUCAGACGUACUAUCAGAAUUUCUAUGAGGAUAAUAUAGAAAACUGAGAAGGGAAAAAGACACCAUGAGUAUCUUCUCCUUCUCUUAAUGGUGGAAGACACAGGACAGAAGAAGACAGUUAGGGUGGAAGACAUAGGACAGUAGACAGUAACCAUGUGAUAGAAAAAGACAAUAUGUUCCAUGUAAAAAGUUGUUGUGUUUUGUAUCUAGUGAAGUAACAACUUGUGUGAUAUGUUUCACGUUUAUUUUUGAAGUUGUACCGAACCAAAUACAACUUGUCUUUAUAAGACUUCUUUCUUCUCACA